AUGACCGCAGCCCCCGCGGUAACUGUCGAUUCCCUGCCCAACGAGAUAUUCGUGCAAAUCCUCUCUGAAUUCUCGACCCGGGCCUUACUUCCCCUAGCGACCGUGUGCCGCCGUUUCCAUGCUUUGGUCCUGCGAAUCAUCCACUACCGAUUACUCGUCGACACCUCGCUGCGGGAAUACCAGCUCCUACUCGAAUGCUUCCACCCAAGCUCGAAGCUCACCGAGCCCCACGUUUUCUGCAAACACAUUGGCACCGACGGGCUCAGUGACCAGGAUAACGAGCUCGAGAUUGACCCAGCCCAGCAAUUGGGCCGGUUGACCGGACUAUAUUCACGGUUCCGACCCGAGGCACGAGACGAGGAUAAGGCAAGCAGAGUACCAUCGUCAGGUAGGACCCCUCAUACGGGGAGUGGUGGGGUUACCUCGGGAAGUUGUGCUAACACCAAUGGCACAGACACAGGCGUGACGCGCGAAGUCAAUCUAGAGGGAUUCGAAGAUUUCUCGCAGCUAUGUGUGGUGGUGAAUCUUGUGCAGGUGAUGCCGGGGACGAGCCUCUUACUGAGCGCGUUGAAUAUCGAGGACGGCGUCAUCCGCCUUUGGCGAGAGUGGCUACGCAAACAAUGCGAUUGGUGGAAAGCCACCGCUGAGCAAGCUAAAGAAGAGGGCUCGAUGGCUCAAAUACCCCAGGACUGGGACGACAUGCUAUGGGUCGAUCAACAUAAGACGGUAGGGCUCAAGAUGCGCGUGCGCGCGAAGGCAUGGAACCCUGCUUUUCCCAUUCUGAUGCACCAUGACGACCGUGAUGAGGGUGCCUGGGUUGGUUAUGAGGUAGAUCUGCGAGAAUUACAUAUCCGCUCCACACGGCUGUUGUUGACGGUGGAGCAGUCCCAGGAGGAACAACAACAGUACCAGAAUAAUGCGGUGAUUUUUGGGGCUUAUCCAGCCCCGGUAGCCUGA